GCGACUUGGGCAAAAAUUUAAUCAGUAGGAUGGAUGCAUUAGAAGGUAAAUUUGAAGCUUUUGUUGAGAAGAGAAUGGUUGUGUUAGAUGAGAAGCUUAGUGAUAGGAUUAGAAUGGUGGAGGUAGAUUUGAAAGGGAUGAAAGAAACAAAACCCACUAAUGUCCCAGUUGAUUCGACUUCAAACAACAAUGAAGAGGAUGAGGCUAAUAGUCAUCAACCAUCUUGGAUGGUAGAGAUGAAAGAGACAUCAAAAGAUGAAUUUCCAGUCCCUCAAGUGGUUAAAAAGACAAACACUGUGAGUAAUAAAAAGAAGAAGUCAGAAACUGAAGUAUCUGCUGAUCUUCCUCUGUGUGAGCAGACUUAUGUCACUCAAGAUCAUCAGAAGAACUUAGUGGGUGAUGUUUUAAAGAAACUUGGUCGCAAGAAUGUUCGGCCAGCUGCUGUCAAAGUUGAAAAGGAGAAGGGAAAGAGGCCAGCUGUUGAUGGUAGUGAACUUGAAGAUAUUACUGACAAAGUUGUUGCUCUUGAUACAAAAAUGGCUUCUAGUUCAGAAGAUACAUGGGAUGACCCUCAACAACAGUUGGUUAGUAAAAGGCUUGAUGCAACAUUGAUACGACUUGGAGAGCAUUUAAAAAAUUUGGAUGGAGAUACGACACUAGCAAAACGAGUUCUGCAGUUGGCGAAAUUUCAAAAGUAUCCAUUUGUUGCCAGCUGA